AUGGCAUAUGGGGUGAAUGAUACAUCGAUAACACCCAAGUCGGUUCCGAGAAGUAGUGGCAGUAGUAAUAUUAACGAUGACAACGAUAACGAUCAGUAUAGAGAAAAUUUGCCACCACAAUCACCAGAAGCGAUUGUAGCGCAUUAUCCUUUGGGAUCAUGGGAACGUCACCUGAUGGAAGAGCGAAUCCGCGCUCUCAAACGACAUGAGCGGGAACAGCUUUUACGUGCGGAGAUGGAAAGAGAGUGUACCUUUCAACCACGAGUGGGAAUAUCACGUGCCAGUACUAAUGGUGUACAGGAAUCGCAUCCCUCACAAGAGCACCAGCAACAACAACAACAACAACAACGUGUACCAGUAUUUGAACGUCUUGCAAAUAGCGCAAAGGAGCGUGAAGCUCGUCUGGCGCAAUUAGCAGAUGAAAAGAGAAGACGUGAAGAGGCGGCUCUUCGGAAUGCCUUUCAUCCUCAUGUAAACACUGUCUCUGAACAUCAGUUACCAUUUAACGUACAGACAUCAAACGUACCUGUGGAAGAGAGGCUUCUUCACUACGGUAGAUCUGUACAACAAAGUCGUCAAAUUAUGCAACAACAACAGCAGCGAAAAGAACUUGAAGAAAUACGCCAACAACAAAAACAAGCAGUUUCUAGACGAUCACGUAGUUGUGUCUUAAAUGAAAAACAUUUAGGAGACAUUGCAGAUCGCUCGAAACAGAUUCUUAUAGAGCGUGAAACAGAACGAGCACUAGCUCAGCAGGCACUUCUUGGAGAACAUACCUUUAAACCAAAGGUAUGUAUUACAUCUGAUGCUAUUGAUCGUUCUCGAAAUGCGAAAAAAGAUAUACGAGAUAGAGGUGUGGCUCUCUAUGAAGAUGGUAUGCGACGUCAGCAGGAACGACAAGCUGAAGCAGCACGACGUUUAGGAGAAGAAAGAAGUGGUCUUCACAAGCCUACUACAAACCCACUUACAAAUGAUUGGAUUCAACAUGGACAACAUCGAUCCUUAUUUCAUAAGGAUUUUGUGAAGAGACAAGAAAUCUAUCAACGUGUUCGGGAGGAACAUCAACGAAAUCUUGCCUCUGCACUAGAACAGAAUGAACGGGCGGCGGUAUUACGGGUAGAUCAAGAUAUGAUAGAACAACAAGUAGAACGACUUUACUUGAAUGCACAAGAAGUACGUAAGGAAGUAAAAAAACGUAGAGAAGAUCAUAUCAAAGCUAAAGAAUGUCCUUUUCGUCCACAAUUAGCUCCUGGAACGGCUUAUGUAAUUGCACAUACUAACCGUGAAAAGGAUGUAGUAAAACGUUUAGCUUCUGUUCCUCGUAAUCGCCGAGCUUUUAAUCCUUCCAUUUUUGACGUGGAUGAAGAAGAAAAUGAAACUACAGAGAAAAAUAGUCAUGAACAACGGAGUGCCAAAGUUGUAACACCUAACGAAGCUACGGAAUUUUAUCAACGACAGAAACAAGCCUUAGAAAAGCGUGAGGCACAACUUCGGCAGCAAAAACAACAACAAGCAAUGGAAGAGCUCUGUGUCUGUACAUUUCGACCACGAACAAGUACUGAUGAGUAUCUUCAACGACGCCAAAAACAAACCUCUUCAGAAGGAGAACAACAUGUGGAGAAGUACGUAUCAGGAGUAACAGCAUACCUGCAACGACAAGCAGAGGCAAAACAACGACUGAAGGAAAAAGAAGAGAAGUAUAAUAACCUUGGACGUGGUUUGCCCUGCAACGGACCAAAACGUACCAUUAUUACGCCAUUUAAUUUAUCCAGUGGUCGUGGUGCACGAAGUUCAUCUCUGAGUCCUAGUCGCGGUGAUUCCAAACAUAGUGGUAUGGAGUAUCAUGAUGUUCCCCGUCAAUAUGUUGAUCCUUGCAGUAAGAACGAUCUGUUACUCGCCCUCCGGGGACGGCAGUCGGACAGUACCGUGAAAUCUUAUGUGUAG